CACGUGCUUACGGCACGCCUCGGCGCCUGCGCGGUAGCAGCCGGGUGUCGGCGCUCUUAAAAAGCUUCUCGCACUUUGACUCCCGCUGUCCGCGGUAGCCGGUUUGAGCUCUGUGUCCUGUGCACACGCCUUGUAAGCGACAGCGCCAUGGGUCUGACUAACAAUUCCACCGUACGAGUUGAAUGGAUCGCAGCAGUUACCAUUGCUGCUGGAGCAGCUGCAAUUGGUUAUCUAGCUUACAAAAGAUUUUAUGUUAAAGAUCAUCGCAAUAAGUCAAUGAUAAACCUUCACAUCCAGAAAGACAACCCCAAGAUAGUGCAUGCUUUUGACAUGGAGGAUUUGGGAGAUAAAGCUGUGUACUGCCGUUGUUGGAGGUCCAAAAAGUUCCCAUUCUGUGAUGGCUCUCACACAAAACACAAUGAGGAGACUGGAGACAACGUGGGACCACUGAUUAUCAAGAAAAAAGAAACUUAAAUGAACAGUUGUGAUGCUGCAUAUCAAUUUGUCAUGAUGUUACCUGAUCGUUUAAUUAGAAUGACCGCCACUUUUGUCUAAUGCACCUUCCCUGGGUUCUAGAUAUGAUACAUUGCAAACUGCAGCUUUCACAUUUGUGGCAUUUGCCUUACUUGUUGAAACAUUGUGGUGCACAUUUGUUCAAACCAAAAAAAAAAAGAAAAAGGAAAAACCAACCUCAAUGGGCUGUGGGUUAUUUUGGUCUUGUAAGGAUUCAUUUCUCAAAAAUUUAGAAUAUUGACAUUAGAAUAUAGUUGUAUCUUGGAUUUAAUAUAUUAAAUAUUCUUAAAAUCAUGUAUAGCAGAUUGUACUUGUAAGUUCAA